AUGCACCUCCCAACAAUUCAAACCCUCCUCCCGACCCUCUUCCUCCUCCUCCAACUCCCAACCUCAACGCUCACCAUCCAAUCCCCCUUAAACCCCUCAGUCCCCCCCAAAUCCGGCAACCCAGUAAUAGAAGGCUGGUACGCCGACCCCGAAGCCCGCAUCUUCGACACCACCUACUGGCUCUACCCAACCUACAGCGCAGCCUACGAAACCCAAACCUUUUUCGACGCCUUCUCCUCCCCGGACCUCUUAACCUGGACCAAACACCCAACCAUCCUCAACCUAACCGCCAUUCCCUGGUCCACCAACCGCGCAGCCUGGGCCCCCUCCGUCACCCGCUCCCCGUCUACCGGCGACUACUUCAUGUACUUCUCUGCCGGCGAUGGGGCGGGCAUUGGCGUCGCGAAGUCCGUCUCCGGGGAGCCACAGGGCCCCUAUGAAGAUGUUCUUGGGAAGCCGUUGGUCGGGGAGACAGUGUUCGGGGCGGAGCCGAUCGAUGCGCAGGUGUUUGUUGAUGAGGAUCAACGCGUUUGGUUGUAUUUUGGGGGGUGGAGUCAUGCUGUUGUGGUUGAGUUGGGGAGUGAUAUGGUUAGUCUGAAAGGUGAUUACUUGGAGAUUACUCCUAAGGAAUAUGUGGAGGGUCCUUGGGUUUUGAAGAGGGGUGGGGUUUAUUAUUUUAUGUUUAGUGUUGGGGGAUGGGGUGAUAAUUCUUACGGGGUCAGCUAUGUUACCGGGCCUUCGCCGACGGGUCCGUUUUCUAGUACGCCGACCAAGAUUCUGCAGGGGGAUGAUACCGUUGGGCAGAGUACCGGCCAUAAUAGUGUGUUUACCCCGGAUGGGAAGGAUUACUAUAUCGUUUAUCAUCGGCGGCCGGUUAAUGAUACCGAGCGCGAUCAUCGGGUGACUUGUAUUGAUCGCAUGGAGUUUGAUGAACAGGGGAAUAUCUUGCCAGUGAAGAUUACUUCUGAGGGUGUCGAGGGGAGACCGUUGGCUUAG